AUGCAAGUCAAUCGUUAUUUGGGAAUCUUCAUCUUUGUUUUCGGUAUUAUUGGUAAUACUCUUAAUGUAUUAGUUUUGUCUCAACGACCUCUCUGUUUAAAUCCUUGUGCAUGGUUAUUUCUUAUUGCAUCAAUUGCUAAUUCCAUCGGUAUUCUUGCUGGUCUUAUAUCUCGAUUUUUAUCUACUUGGGCACUUGAUCUAACAAAUACAAAUCAAUUUCUAUGCAAAAUACGUGCAUUUCUCCUUUUCGAUGGAAUUACUAUCGGUAGUUGGCUUAUCGCAUUAGCUACUAUUGAUAGAUGGUUAUCAUCAAAUAUCAAUGUCAUUCGACGACAACAAAGCACAUUGAAAAAUGCUCAACGUAGUACAAUUCUAGUUGUUAUUGUUUCAACAAUUAUUCAAACACAACAGCUCUAUUGUUUCGAAGCAAAUCUUACUAAUACUCCACUCAAAUGUUAUACACAAACAAUCGUGUGUGGUAUUAUAUCAGAUGUAUGCUUUGCACUUGUUACCAUUCUAUUUCCAAUAAUUGUUAUGUUUAUCUUUGGUUUAAUGACUAUUUCAAAUGUACGCAAAACACAGUCACGUUUACAGCCAGAAACAUUGACAAUGAAUGCUCGUAAUGGUCACGAAUCAACCAUAACCAAUAUGAGAAAUCCAUUACAACGAAAGAAAUCUGAUCGUCAUCUCUUGAUUAUGUUAUUUAUUCAAGUUCUUCUUAUCCUUUUAUUCACUCUCCCAUUAUCAGCAUAUAAACUUUAUUCAACUCUCACUCGAAAUGUUCUCAAGUCAACAUUACAGAAUACUAUUGAAAACUUUAUGUUCAAUAUAUUUCUUCUUGCACUCUAUGUUUCUUGCGGAAUGCCGUUCUAUAUUUAUACAUUGAGUGGUGGUAGAGUAUUCCGUAAAGCACUCUUCAGUUUGAUGGAAGCAUUACGCAGAAAGAUGAUGCAUAUAUUACAUCAAUAA